UGUUGUCUUCCCAAACUCCAACCUCAAGAAUCUCAAUCUCCCCCCACUAUUACCAUUCUUCUUCUUCCUCAUACCUCACAUAUUCAUAUUACUCUUAUCUUUCUUCUCCAUCCUCACCAACAAUGCUUCAACCAAAACUAGAUUCUGUUCUGCUUCUUAAACACUAUUAUUACGCAUCAGUUCUUCUUUUUCUUGCCAUUGUUAAUGUUAAUGGUACUGUAAUUCAGUCAGCUUUUCAAGAAAAUGAAGUCCUUAAACUUCAAGAAUAUCAAUGGAAGCUGAAGAGUAACAGCUACACUAAUUCAUCAACUUGUAUUUCACAAAAAUCCAGAUGGGAGAAUGGUGCAACAGUAUUGGAAAUGAAGCACAAAGAUUCCUGCAGUGCAUCAGGAAAGAUUGCUGAUUGGAACAAGAAGCUACAGAAAAGCUUGAUUCUCGAUAAACUCCGCGUUCAAUCGCUUCAAUCCCGAAUUCAAAAAAUCAUCUCCGGAAAUUCGGUUAAUUCUGUUGAUAGUCAAAUCCCCUUAAUUUCUGGUAUAAGACUUCAAACACUAAACUACAUUGUAACGGUUGAAUUAGGUGGUCAAAACAUGACCAUGAUAGUAGACACAGGAAGUGACUUAACAUGGGUUCAAUGCCAACCUUGUAGACUCUGUUAUAACCAAAAAGAUCCUCUUUUCAAUCCUUCAAGAUCUUCCUCAUACCAGAAAAUUUUAUGCAAUUCAUCAACUUGUCAAUCUCUAGAAUAUGCAACAGGAAAUGUAGGAGUCUGUGGUACUGAUACGCCGACUUGUAAUUAUAUCGUUAAUUAUGGCGACGGAUCUUAUACUCGUGGCGAGUUGGGUAUUGAACAGCUCAGUUUUGGGAAAAUUCCUGUCAGGAAUUUUGUUUUUGGGUGUGGGAGGAAUAAUAAAGGUUUAUUUGGUGGUGCUUCGGGUUUAAUGGGAUUAGGAAGAAGUGAUCUUUCGUUAAUUUCUCAAACUUCGGCAAUUUUUGAAGGCGUUUUUUCUUAUUGUUUGCCUACUACAGCUUCUGAUUCUUCAGGUUCGUUAGUUCUGGGUGGUAAUACUAAUUCUUCAGUUUACAAGAACAUAACUCCAAUUUCUUACACUAGAAUGAUUGUUAAUCCUCAAUUACCAACUUUCUACUUUCUUAACCUAACCGGUGUUAGCAUCGGCGGGGUGGCAUUACAAGCUUCGGGCUUUGGACGAGGUGGAAUUUUGAUUGAUUCGGGGACGGUUAUUACCAGGCUUCCUCCUGCGCUUUACAGUGUUCUGAAGACGGAAUUUCUGAAGCAGUUUUCUAGGUUUCCGACUGCACCGCCUUUUUCGAUACUAGAUUCUUGCUUUAACCUAAGUGGAUAUGAAGAAGUUGACGUUCCUACAAUAAAAUUUCAGUUUGAGGGAAAUGCUGAGAUGAUUGUAGAUGUAACUGGGAUUUUCUAUUUUGUGAAAACUGAUGCAUCUCAGGUCUGUUUGGCUCUUGCUAGUCUCUCGUUCGACUACGAGAUACCGAUAAUUGGAAAUUAUCAGCAGAGAAACCUGAGGGUUGUAUAUGAUACUAAAGAAUCCAGGUUGGGAUUUGCAGCAGAAGCUUGCAAUUUCAACUGAGUAUGUUGGAAGCUUUCAUCCCGAUCGCCCGGUGAUGAAAACCGACCAUUGAUUGAAUAUGUAAAUGCCUUUUCCAUUUUCUUGAGUAAUUAUUUGGUGUUCCAGGCACAGGAAAAGAAUCUGUGCAAAUUGUAUAUUUAUCCUGCAAGAUCUGUUUGAAUAUAAAAGAAAGAUUCUAUA